ACACUCGGCCAUGUCGACGGCGACGUACGACCUCGCCCUCUUCGGCUCGGCAGCCGCUGUCCGGCUGCUGCUGCCAUGGGCCUUUCCUGGUCUGCCCGACCUCCUCAGUGGGCGUGUCGAGUUGUCCACGCCCUGCAAGAAGGCCUCUUUCUAUACAACCAUGGUCUAUCGCCUUACGACGGUGGUGUCUUCCACCAGGCCCCUCUGCUCCUGCCGCUCUUCUCGCUCCUCCCUGAUCCCACGCGCUACCCUCUGGUCACCGUCUUGCUGUACACACUGGUUGAUCUCGCGAGCGCAUACGCUCUCAUGCAAAUCUUUGCUUCGGGCCAAUCCUACGCUACCCGAUUCUUUACGUCGUCGCGCGAGUCGAAGCGCUGGUCGUCUUCUGCCGUCGCUGCCACAUACCUCUUCAACCCCUUUAUCAUCUUGACAUGCCUGGCUCGCUCCACCAAUGUCUUUGGCAACCUCUUCAUCCUCAUCGCUACACUCAAGGCCUGUCGUGGUGCCUUCAUGAGCUCCGCUUUAGCUCUGGCCAUUGCCUCAUACAUGUCUUUGCACCCUCUGCUUCUGCUUCCACCACUCGCCAUCCUGUGCUACGACUCGUGCCUUCUCCGUCGCAAAAACACCGCCCAAAGUACACCGACUCCCACCUUGAUCUCUUUCGCUGCACGCUAUGCGCUAGUACUUGUGGCUGCCGUUGCCAUCUUGUUCGCCUUGUCUUUUACACUGAUUGGUGACUGGUCAUUCAUCUCAUCCGUCUACGCCUCUCGUCUUCUACUACCAGACUUGACUCCCAAUGUCGGCCUGUGGUGGUAUUUCUUCAUCGAAAUUUUCGACUCGUUCCGCAACUUCUUCUUGGGCGUCUUUUGGCUGCACAUGGCCUCGUAUUCGCCUGCCCUUACAAUCCGUCUCCGCGAACAACCACUAGCCGCCGUUGUGCUUCUGUGUGGUAUAUUUGCCAUCUUCCAGCCAUAUGCCAACGUCGGUGAUGCUGGUUUCUGGCUUUCCAUGCUCUCCAUGUAUGGCCAUGUUCACGAACUUUCACGAUAUGCUUUCCCUGCCAUCAGUGCACUUAUAUACACGACGUUGCUCGGUCCUGCCUUCUACUACCUCUGGGUGUAUGCCGGUAGCGGUAACGCCAACUUCUUCUAUGCCAUCACUCUGGUCUGGAGUCUGGCUUUGUCCGUCAUUCUGGCUGACAUACUCUACGCCAUUAUCAGAGACGAGUGGGAGAAAGAGCGUCCCGAGAUGAAGGGCAAAGAAGCCAGGCAAAUAUGA